UGAUAACAUCAUCGAUGAACUAUUUAUAAAAUCAGUCAGAAAGUCGUCAGUUCUCAUCUACACUUAACAUGGAUCAGUUCCCAGCGACGUUUGUGAAAGGUUUUCACGAUGAAGAAAGUGUCCGGAAAAUGCAGUAUAAUUUAUUAGGAAAAACUGGGCUGCGCGUAUCGAAAAUAGGAUUUGGCACAGCACCCUUUAGUGCACUCUUUGGAAAAUUCGAAGAAACGGAAGGAAUUCGAGCGGUACACUUGGCGUUGCGCAAAGGUAUCAACUAUCUCGAUACGGCUCCCUUCUACGGUCAGGGUCGUUCCGAAGAGGUUCUUGGAAAAGCGUUGAAAGUUGUGCCUCGUCAGGCGUAUUACGUUGCCACUAAGGUGGGACGUUACGAGCAGGAUUACGAGAACAUGUUCGAUUACAGUGCCCAAAAGACGCGCGAGAGUGUGGAGAAAAGUUUGAAGCUGCUCGGUGUGGGUUAUCUGGAUUUAGUUCAGAUUCACGAUGUAGAAUUUGCAUCAGAUUUGAGUGUCAUAUGGAAUGAGACUUUACCCACAUUGGAGAAAAUGAGAGAUGAAGGAAAGCUACGAUGCAUUGGAAUUACAGGAUAUCCUCUGGAUGUUCUUAAAAAAGGAAUAACCGGAGCUCCUGAACGUUUUGAUACCGUUCUCAGUUAUAGCCGUUACACAUUGAUUGAUGAUUCUUUAGCCGAAUAUCUUCCAUUUUUCGAAAAAAACAACUUGGGAAUAGUUUGUGCUGCUGGUCAUGCCAUGGGGAUGCUGACUAAUGCGGGACCUCAAUCGUGGCAUCCGGCUCAUGAGCAUACAAAGCAGAUCUGUUGGGAGGCGAGCGAGUACUGUAAGCAGCAAGGAGUUGAACUGGGCAAACUAGCCAUGUAUCAUUUCAUUCAACUUGACGGACCGGCCACGUUUCUCGCGGGAAUACAAACGGAGCAUCUGGUGAACAUCAAUUUGGAGGCGUUUUUCAGUGGUCUGACUGAAAAGGAGCGGAAUGUUUUGAAUUAUUUGGAAAAAAGUGUGUUCCCGAAAAUAGAGCAUUCAAACUGGGAAGGUGUUGAAUUGCAACGGUAUUGGGAGGGUAUAAACUCAGUGGAGAUAUAAAUUUAGGAGUUAAGGUGAAACGGGAAGCCAGCACCAUAUUGAACGACUAGAGUGAAAACACCUUUGAGAAAAACGCCAAUACCGUCAAAUUUGAAUUUGAACAAAAGUUUUAUAAAAAAAUGUCGUGCCAUAUCCAAACCAAUCACGAUUCGUGUUUUUGGGAGCACCCUUAUGUAAAAUGCCGUAACCAAAAAAGUUUGUUGUUUUUUUUUUUUGCAGAAGCUAAAUAGGCCAAUAGCAAGCAACCCGUCGAGUUCAGAAAUUGAUAUAAGUUCUGUAUUCUGUUUCACCUUAAGUGGUCCUUAAACGCAAAUAAAUAAAAUUAAUAAGUGGAGAAAUAAAUAAA